AUGGCACCCUUCAUCCCGCCGCCGCCGAGCCCUGACAAACCAGGCACCCUCCCCCCUGAUACCGGGUCCGCAAUCCCCAUUCCCAUCUCCCCGCCGCCCUGGACCCUGCGCGCCAGGUCCUGGACGUUCCUGUACACCUCCAGCUCCCCAAACGCGCCUCUAGAAGCCAGCUCGCAGAACCCAAACAACACCCCCGAAGUGCUCCAGUCGGUCCUCCCAGCAGGGGCAUACCACCCUUUCGAGACCAUCCACGCCUCCGCUCUGCAAAGGCUCAGCGACGGCACCUCGCAAUUCCGAGAAACAUGGUUGAAAGCCGUCAUGAUUGUCAGAUACGAAGAAACCGACGUCGGGCCAUAUGACGAGUUGGCUUUCAUCCCGGGUAGAGCGGCGAAUCCAGAGACGGGGAAGAAGGAGAUAAGAAUCAGCAGUAUUUAUGUUUCGACGGAUGCGAGUGUCUGGAAUGGGAGAAGGAAUUGGAAUAUUCCCAAAUACCGCGCACGCUUCGAGUUCACCCCUGUCGGAGCAGACACCGCGUUGCGGGUGUACCACCCCGAGAAUUCACCUGCACCCUUGGACUCAAAGACGCCCUUCUUCACAGUCCUGCUGAAAAGCUCGUCGCUGCCGAGACUCCCCCUACCGCGACUUGCGCCGUUAACGAUCGCCCAGCCACCGCUGGCGAAAUCACGAUGGCCGCCGGGUAUUCAGGACGCCGUGAUCGCGACCGACGAUCCCGAGAAUGGACGGGAGAAUCAGUGGUUGAAUAUCACGCCGUCGUUCAAGGGAAGAUGGGGACUUGCAUAUGCGCAUACUCUAGAAGAAAAGGACGGGAAGGAGACAUUGCAGUCGCAUGGCGAUGGAUUGGGGUUUCCCAAGGUCAAGCUCCGGUGUCUUGGGGGCUAUUUUGAGGGGGAGAUUGAGUUUGGAAUUGCAGAUAUUGUUGGUUGA